AUGGCUGGAGGCAAAGGCAAAAGCAUUGGCGGGAAGGCCUCUGGCGCGAAGGAUUCCACAGCAAAGAGUCAAAAGUCGCACAGUGCGAAGGCUGGCUUGCAGUUCCCCUGUGGUCGAGUCAAGCGUUUCCUCAAGAACAACACUCAGAACAAGAUGCGAGUUGGUGCCAAAGCGGCCGUCUACGUCACCGCCGUUCUCGAGUACUUGACCGCCGAAGUGUUGGAAUUGGCCGGCAACGCCGCUAAGGAUCUCAAGGUCAAACGAAUCACCCCUCGACACCUUCAACUUGCCAUUCGUGGCGAUGAAGAGUUGGAUACCUUGAUCCGGGCAACAAUCGCAUUCGGUGGUGUGCUCCCUCACAUCAACAGGGCGCUGCUCUUGAAGGUCGAGCAGAAGAAGAAGAGCAAGGCAGAUGCAUGA